CCAAUCCGUCGCCGGGAAGAGCAGGGUCCACCAAAACUAUGGCGACCGCCGCGGCCACGGCCGCCGUCCCCGCCGGCGGCCGCCCGUACCGCCGCGCCCGACCUCGCUGCGGCCCACCGCGCCUGCACCGCCUGCGCCUCCGUGCCGCCGCAGCCGCGGCCGCUUCGUCUUCCCCGCUCGCACCGUCCACGUCGGCGCCCCCGCCGGAGGGCGGCGGGCGGCUGGUGGCGGAGCUGGUGGGCGCGUUCAACGAGCUGACGGAGCGGAUGGGGGAGGAUCUGGCGACUUCCUCCUCGUCGCGCCUGCUCUUCCGUGCGCUGAAGCUGGCGCUCCCUGCCCUCCGUGACGGCGACGGCGGUAGGGCGCUCGCACGCGCGCUCGCCGUUGCCGCCUCCCUCGCUGACCUCCAGAUGGAUGCUGAAGUCAUAUCGGCCGGCAUACUGAGAGAAGCACUAGAUGCAGGAGCUGUAAGCAUGAGGGAUGUGAAAGCUCAGAUUGGGAUCAGUACAGCUCAUUUGCUGCACGAGAGCUUAAGGCUCAAGAAUGCUCCUUCGAAGCUUGACAUAUUGGAUGAUGAAAGUGCAAGCGCUUUGAGAAAGUUUUGUCUCACAUACUAUGACAUCAGGGCGGUGAUAUUGGAGCUUGCACUGAAGCUUGAUAUGAUGAGACACUUGGACGACCUCCCUAAGUAUUUGCAGCGGAUAAAGUCUCUUGAAGUCAUGAAGAUAUAUGCCCCACUUGCACAUGCUGUAGGAGCGGGUAAUCUGUCACUAGAAUUAGAGGAUCUUUCGUUUUUUUACUUGUUUCCUCACUCAUAUGACCAUGUUGAUCAGUGGUUGAGAAGCCAAGAAAGUGACUGCAAGGCCUUGAUAUAUUUGUAUAAGGAGCAGUUACUUCAAGCACUGAAAGCUGACGAUGAGUUGAAUAGGAUUGUACAGGAUAUUUCAGUUCAGGGGCGCUAUAAAAGCCGUUUCAGUACUAUGAAGAAACUAGUAAAAGAUGGCCGGAAACCAGAAGAAGUUAAAGACAUACUAGGUCUGCGGGUAAUUUUGGAGCCUCGAUGUGAUGACAAUUCAUCAGGUUGGGGUCCUAGGGCUUGCCACAGGACGCAUGAAAUUAUUCAAUCUCUGUGGAAGGAAGUCCCUGGUAGAACGAAAGAUUAUAUCAGUCAGCCAAAAGAAAAUGGUUACCAGAGCUUGCAUGUGGCCAUCGAUGUAAGUGAACCUGGGAGGAUGAGGCCCCUAAUGGAGAUACAGAUACGCACCAAAGAGAUGCACAGAUUUGCUGUUGGUGGAGACGCUUCUCACUCCCUCUACAAAGGUGGUCUUACUGAUCCUGGAGAGGCUAAACGACUCAAGGCUAUUAUGUUGGCUGCAGCAGAGCUAGCAGCUCUGCGUCUACGUGAUCUACCAGAUAGUGAUCGGGGAGUUGGCAACUGCAACAACCCUGCUUUCCGUCAACUUGACAAAAAUGGGGAUGGGAGAAUCAGCAUCGAGGAGCUCACUGAGGUGAUGGAGGAUCUAGGUGCCGGGGGUGAAGAUGCAACGGAGCUCAUGCAUCUUCUUGAUGCAAACAGUGAUGGCUCCUUGAGCUCAGAUGAAUUCGAGUCGUUCCAGAGACAGAUUGAACUGAUGAGAAGCUUGGAGGAUGAGGAUGAUCACUACAGGAAGAUACUGAAGGAGAAGCUGCACACUAUCGAUAGCGCGGGUCUCAUCCAUGUCUACCGCAAGGAGCUGGGUGACAAACUGCUUGUGAGCUGAUCUGGAACUUGUGACAAUCUGCAGAACCCAACCAAACCACCAUUUGUUGUAGCUCUGCACGCGUAUACUGUAGCAAGAAACGACUCCACCACAAAUUGUAAAUACUUGAAUGUACAUGGUGUUGUAUGCAAUUCAGAAAGGUUGGAGCUGUUUCUUGA